CAAAUAGCUAAGGAAAAUCUCUGGCUCUUUAGGUAAUAGGCCCACGGCCUUUGGAAACAUCAUUGGACGAUAUUCCUUGUUUUUGCUGAUGCUCUCGCCUCUUCAACAAGAAGCCCAAAUCCAAUUUAUUUAUUUAUUUUUUGUUUUUAACCUUGAACGCCAAUUUAACUUAAAGAUGGCAUUUUAGAGCAAUAGGGUUCAACUUCAAGGCGUUGCACAAGGAGCUGUUGCUAUGCUCGUGCUCAGCUAAACCUGGACGCCUCUCUUUCUGUCUCUGCACAGUUUUAGGGAUCAAUGUCAAAGCGGAGACUCCCACUUCUCACAUUCAAUUCGAUAACAGCUUUAUCUACUAAGGUAUGCUCUUCAAGUAACUCUUCUAUUUCAUUCAGAACCAAAUAUCUUAGCACCGCAGCUCAAAGAUCAGACCUUUUCAACUCUGUCGGCAAUCAUUUGGACAACCCUGAUGACCAUUUCCAAAACCCUGUUAAUUUUGAUGGAAAUGUCUUAAACCCUAAUUGGGGUUUUAGGGAAACUACUGGAAAUGUUAUAGGAAGUAAUAAUAAUCAUAAUUAUAAUAAUAAUCAAGUUUCUCAAAUUGGGAAUAGCCAAAAUAGUGGAGGUUAUCAGAAUUUUAGUGGGUCUUAUAGGGAAAGUUGGAAUAAUAAUUAUACUCAACAUGUUAAUCAAUUGCCACCCCCCUAUUACGCGGGGAAUGUUGGGAUGUAUCCGCCUAGCUAUGGUGCUGCUGCUCAAUAUCAGCAGAACCUGAGCGUUGUAAAUGCUGGACAAUAUAUGUCAAACUCAAACGACGUUCAGAAUGUAAUGGUGGCGUCGGGUGUAUCAAACAAUCCUAAAGUUGAAGAUGAUCUGGCUGAAAGUAGCUCAUAUAGGGGUACCCUUGAGGAGCUUGAUGAAUUAUGCAAGGAAAAGAAGGUAAAGGAAGCUGUUGAAGUUUUGAAUUUGUUAGAGGAGCGGCGUGUUCUUGUGGAUUUGCCUCGAUUUUUGCAGUUGAUGCGCAUAUGUGGGGAAGCUAAGGCUUCAGAGGAAGCAAAAGUAGUUCAUGACCAUCUCGUGAGAUUACAAUCCCCUUUGGCCGUCAGCACAUUUAAUAAGAUCUUAGAGAUGUAUGGGAAAUGUGGUGAUAUGGACAGUGCAUUUGCCGUGUUCAAUAAAAUGCCAAAGCGUAAUUUGACAACUUGGGAUACUAUGAUAGCAUGGCUUGCCAAGAAUGGACUUGGGGAGGAUGCAAUUGAUCUGUUUAGUCAGUUUAAACAAGCCGGAUUAGUACCUGAUGCCCAGUUAUUUAUUGGAGUGUUCUCUGCUUGUGGUGUUGUUGGAGAUGUUAUUGAAGGAAUGCUGCACUUUGAAUCCAUGAAGAAGGAUUAUGGGAUUGUCCCAUCAAUGGAGCAUUUCGUAAGCAUAGUGGACAUGCUGGGAACUAUAGGACAUUUGGAUGAAGCUUUAGAAUUUAUUGAAAAGAUGCCAAUGGAGCCCAGCAUUGAUGUAUGGGAAAGCUUAAUGAAUCUGAGCCGAAUUCACGGGAACUUGGAGCUUGGGGAUCGUUGUGCUAAGCUUGUUGAGCUUUUAGACGCUUCUCACUUGAAUGAACAAUCUAAAGCUGGUCUUGUACCAGCUAAAGUUUCAAACCUGACAAAAGAGAAAGACAAGAAGCCAGCAAGUCAAAAUCUUUUGGAAGUUAGGAGCAGGGUCCAUGAAUAUCGAGCUGGGGAUACAUCACAUCCUGAAACUGAUAGAAUCUAUGCCAUGCUUAGAGGUUUAAGAGCACAGAUGAAAGAGCAUGGUUACAUUCCGGAAACAAGAUUUGUAUUGCAUGACGUAGACCAAGAGUGCAAGGAAGAUGCUCUUCUUUCUCAUAGUGAGAGACUUGCUGCUGCUUAUGGUCUUCUUACCAGUCCUGCUCGCUCUCCUAUUCGAGUAAUCAAGAAUCUUCGUGUUUGUGGUGACUGCCAUAAUGCAUUGAAGAUCAUCUCAAAGAUUGUUGGAAGAGAACUUAUCAUGCGAGAUGCCAAAAGGUUCCAUCAUUUCAAAGACGGGGUGUGCUCUUGCCGUGAUUAUUGGUGAAUGGGAUGAAAUUGAAGGUGCUUUUAUUUAUUUAUUCUAUCCUCAUCUCGAAUUGAAAAAUGUCAGAAAAAUAGUGUUGUUACUGCAAUUUAGCUAGUUUCACAAAUUUUUGCAAUAGACAUCAGUCAUUUCAAUCUGUAAGCUGUGAAUCCAAACUGACUUUUUAAUAAUACAAUUUUUCAUAA